CCGAUUGUUGCAUCGUCUCUUAUGGGAAUUUAACACAGGCAUUGGCCGAUUAAUCACUAUAUUUAGUCGGUAGUCCCGAUUUUUACCGAUCAAAUCGGUUGAUUCGUCGUUCGUUUAAAUUGGUGUGCACGAAAUUCCACUAUUAAACAAGCUAUUUCGUAGGAAUGAUAUUAAAUAGGGUGGCCUGUGCUAAAAUCUCAUAAGCGUAGGUUGCAACAAUCGGCCGAUUGUACCCGACGAAAUCGGUCGAUUCCAGCUGUCAAAUUUUCUACGGGGAUCAUUCGAGUUGAGCGAACGAGCAGACGGCUCUGGUGGGAAAGGAGCCUUCGUGCAGCAGAGGGAAUAUGAUUCCAAAGUAAACGCGAACCAGAUAUCGAAAAUCAGGCACCACAAUAUGGAGAACAACGAUGAUGAGAUGCAAAUUAAAGAGCUGGAGAGCGACAUUCGAACGUUGCGAAAGCAGCUCAAAGCGAAGGUUCAACAGCUGAAGACCUUGAAAAAACAUUUUCAGAAAAAUUGCAUCAACAAGUUGAACAACAAUGAAAUCGCUCGGUACAGCCGUCAAAUCAUUCUCUCCGAAAUCGGCGUCCAGGGUCAGCUGAAGUUGAAGCGGGCGUCUGUGCUGAUAGUCGGUGCCGGAGGGCUCGGCUGUCCCUCUGCACUCUACCUGGCUGGAGCAGGGAUUGGACGGAUAGGCAUCCUAGACUACGACGAAGUCGAGCUGACCAACCUGCACCGGCAACUUUUGCACACGGAAGCUUCCGUUGGGCUAACUAAAGUGCAAUCUGCUCAGGCGUAUCUGGAGGAACUCAACUCGCAGAUCGAGAUAUUGACGCACCACGUCCAGUUGUCCAGUGAUAAUGCCUUGCAAAUCUUGCAGCCGUAUGACAUCGUUGUAGAUGCUACGGACAAUGUCGCCACGCGAUAUCUCCUGAACGAUGCCUGUGUUUUACUAAAGAAGCCCUUGGUUUCGGGUAGUGCCUUACAGCUUGAAGGACAGCUCACGAUUUACAAUUUCGAUGGGGGUCCAUGCUAUAGAUGCCUUUUCCCAAAUCCUCCUCCACCGGAGACGGUUACAAACUGUGGCGAUGGCGGUGUCCUCGGAGCAGUGACUGGAGUUAUUGGAGCCUUGCAAGCGUUGGAAACGAUCAAAAUAAUUCUCGGUAAUGCAGGAGUUCUAUCCGGACGUCUCUUACUGUUCGACGGACAGCAAAGCACUUUCAGAAACUUGAAGCUUCGAACGAAAAAAGCAGAUUGCGCCGUCUGUUCCGACAAUGCCUCGUUAACCGAACUGAUUGACUACGAACAGUUUUGCAGCAUGAAGGCCACCGAUAAGGAUUCGCAUCUGAAUCUUUUGGCAUCACACGAGCGCAUCACUGUCCAAGAGUACAAGCGUCUGGCGGACGGCAACGUACCCCAUCUGCUGGUAGACGUGCGGGGUGCGAACCAGUUCCAAAUUUGCCAACUUCCAACGUCAAUAAACGUUCCGAUCGACGAUAUUCUGAAGAACCGACGAACGACGGAACUGACCCGGAUGGUGUCCGAGGGCGGUAAUGUACCCGUGUUUGUCGUUUGCCGACGCGGGAACGACUCGCAGCUAGCCGUGCGCCAUUUGUUGGAAUUGUUCAAAGAGCAAGGUUUGCAACCGCCGCGGGAUAUUGUUGGCGGCCUGCACGCCUGGACCCACAAUAUCGAUCCGGAGUUUCCAAUUUAUUGAUUGUCGUUGAGAAAAUAUACUUUAGCAGUUAUACUUAA